CCGUCUCAUCGUUUUCUACUACCUGCUCUCUCGCCAAAUGUUGCCACCCAACUAACAAAACAAAAGCCUGCACUUCCGUCCGCCUCCGGCCCCGGCCGCUUCCUUCCUUCCCAUCUCUGCCGCCACCACCAAAACCCGCACGCUCGAUCGCAAAGCCCAGGAGGACCGGAGCGGGAAGAGAACAAGGCGUGCGCGCGUGAGAGAGAGAGAGAGAGAGAGAGAGAGAGAGAGAGAGAGAGAGAGAGAGAGAGAGAGAGAGAGAGAGAGGUGGCGGAGGAGGAGCGCCGCAUGGGGUCGAGGCGGCGGCGCGGGCAGCACCACGGCCGCUGGGUGGUGCCCUCGGUGGCGCCGGCCGCGGCGGCGUUCACGGCGGCCGGGCUGCUGCUCGUCGUCGUCGCGUUCCACUGCUUCCUCUCGCCGCCGCUCGGGGGUGGCGGCGGCGGCGUCCGGCGCCCCAACCCGCCGUUCCUGUUGAACAAACCGGCCGAGUUGCGCAGGAAUCUCGUCGGCACCGUCGAUUUCACCGUUCCGAGUGGCGGGAGCAGGCUGGGGGAAGAGCUCUGGGCGUCCAAGACGGCGCACCACUUCGUUGGCUGCAGCGACGCCACCAAGGAGUUCGCCGCAGAUGCCAAGGCUGUCACCGAGUCGAAUCGCUAUCUGAUGAUCGCCACCAGCGGGGGCCUGAACCAGCAGCGAACAGGGAUCAUAGAUGCUGUUGUUGCAGCGCGCAUUCUGAAUGCAACACUUGUCAUUCCAAAGCUUGAUCAGGCAUCUUUCUGGAACGACGCAAGUGAUUUUGGGGAGAUAUUUGAUGCUGACUCAUUCAUAUCCUCGCUCGCAAAUGAUGUAAAGAUCAUACGACAAGUACCUGAUAUAAAUGGGAAAACACCAUUUCCAUAUAAGAUGCGUGUACCUAGGAAGUGUACUCCAAAAUGCUAUGAGAACCGAGUACUACCUGCCCUUUUAAAGAAGCAUGUUGUUCAACUAACAAAAUUUGACUACCGGGUUUCCAACAGGUUGGAGACUGAUCUUCAAAAGCUGAGGUGUAGAAUCAAUUAUCAUGCACUAAAGUUCACAGAUCCAAUUCUCGAAAUGGGCCGAUUGCUUGUCCAAAGAAUGAGAGCCAAAAGCGGACGCUUCAUUGCUCUUCACCUAAGAUUUGAGCCUGACAUGCUCGCCUUCUCGGGAUGCUACUUUGGGGGUGGCGAAAUCGAGAGAAGGGAACUAGGUGCAAUACGUAAGAGGUGGAAUACACUGCAUGAAAGCAACCCUGACAGAGAGCGCCGGCAUGGCAAAUGUCCUCUAACACCUGAAGAAGUUGGCUUCAUGCUCAGGGCAUUGGGUUUUGGGAAGGAUGUCCACCUAUAUGUUGCGUCGGGGGAUGUAUAUGGAGGAGAGGAGACAUUAGCACCUCUGGAAGCGCUCUUCCCAAACUUCCACUCGAAGGAGACUCUAUCAAGCAAGGAGGAGCUGGCACCUUUCUUGCCAUUCUCGUCUCGCAUGGCCGCCCUUGAUUAUGUAGUGUGUGAUGGCAGCGAUGUUUUCGUGACAAAUAACAAUGGCAACAUGGCAAGAAUGUUGGCUGGUCGAAGGAGAUACUUUGGGCACAAGAGGACCAUACGACCCAAUUCUAAGAAGCUCUCUUCACUCUUCCUUAAUCGAACCAGCAUGAGCUGGGACACAUUUGCAUCCAAAGUUCAGAUGUACCAAAAGGGGUUUAUGGGUGAGCCAAAUGAGAUUAAACUAGGAAAAGGUGAAUUUCACGAGCACCCUAUGGACUGCAUUUGUGCAAGGACAAAGAGAAGAACUGGGCAUAGUAAGCCGAACCUAAGCAAUCGUGCUGUUGAAGCUCCCGGGAAUCAUACCAGUGAUGCUGAGUUUGACUGGAGCGAUUUGGACUAUGGAGAGAAUACACCCUUGGGAGGGGAUUCAUCAAAUGAGACUGAUCCAGACUACGGCCGUAUUGCUGGACCAGACAUUCCUGAAUUGGAGGACAUACUCUCAGACUAAAAUUGAUAGCUAUUAUAAUAGGUUUAGUCACUUAGAAAGGAAAGUUGGUGAAGUUUUUUGUGUACAGAAGCUACUGCAGAAUUUAUCUUCUCCUGUUUUUCUUUGCAUGGAGAAAUCAGGAAGAGCUUCUUACAGAAGAAGACAGAAGUAGGCCAUCAGUAUGAGCAAGACAAAUGUACAGCAUUUGACUGGUCUGCAUCAGAUGCUGAUUGGCAAAUUAGAAGAACUUUUUUGCUUGGUUUUGCAUUAAUAUAUUUUAGAUUGAACCGUAAAAUAGGCGCUAGCCCCUUUUGCUUUAUAUAGUUUGAUGUAAUGUGACAGUGAGUUCAAAUUUUUGGUCUGCCGUGAAAUCUGUACAUAACUUAGAACAUGAAGAAGAGCAAGAAAGAAUGAAAAUUUUACCCAUUA